UAUCUUGUUGUUCCCUCAAAAAAGUAAAGUCAUCCUUCUGAACUUACAAGUAUUUAAGAUACAAGCCAGAGACAGCAGUAUCCAUAGCAGAUUUAUCAUCAGAUUCUGAGCACAUUUACAUUAAUAUUCAAAUUCAUAUGCCACGUAGAUGCUGAAGCAAACUGGUAAAUUAAUACAUAUUGUGGUGAGGCAUAAAGUGUCUAACUCACAAAAUAAUGUGGACUUUAAUCAAUUUUAUUUUGAACUUUUCAACAAUCAGAAAACUACAGUAGGCUUGACUUGACUAUUAAUUAGAUAUCAUAUAAUAGUUAGAUUCUAGCUGCUUGAAAAUGAACUGGAAUGCCAGUCACUUGUUGUGCACAGAUGGCAUUGUUCUUUGUUUUGUUCAGGUUUCUUAGCAACAAAGGCAACACAGCGCAUUGAGUACCAAAGGUUUUGAGCUGCAUGAUGUUUUCAGAGAUUUAAACACACUUUCAUUCCAAGAUAUGUCGAUGGCACAGAGUUCAGACUCUCGUGGGACGACAGGAGACAGUAGCCACUGUCAAACUAAUCAGGUGCCAUUUACCCCUGAAUUUACCAAGAUGCUGACGAAAAGCAGUCCACGCUUUGGUGCCUUGAGUCAUCACUCAUUCUUCUCCCGGCACAACCCUCAUCCACACAGGGUGAAACAUAUUCAAGGACUCAAUGGUAGGCCUGUGUGCAUGGUGAGGGAUGAUUGGUUUGUGACCUCAUCAUUAUUUCCUCAUCCACUUCUCAAGAGCCACGUCCUCAAGAAAGCAACUGAUCCAUCUUUUGCUUUUCCGUUUGCUCAGAAUUUUUAUGGAGUCAGUAGUAACAAAAACAAAUCAGCCCAAUUUUCAGAGGCCUGGAGAGAUGAACUUAAAGACCUCGCUGCAAAAGUCAGUUUGUCUUGUCAAGCACAAAAAGGCAAAAAAGAGGACCAGCCUGAGGAAGAAUUUGUCCGCCGAAAGACUCAAUAUUCAGCAGAAACGGGGAGAAUCGUCCCUCCAUCCUCCAACUCUUACCAACGCAGAUCUCAUUCUCAGCGCUUGAUGUAUCCUCAGUCCUUCCAUGAUCAAGAACUAAUGGUGUUUGAGCUGCUUUGUCAGAUCCUGCAGACAGAUUCCCUGUCUACAGUCCAACAGUGGCUUCUGCUUGCAGGCCAAAGAGAGAAAGACCUGGUGAUGGGGAUGAUCAAGCAAGCUCUGGACGGUGUUGAGUUCUCGGGCCAUCAUCAGCAGAACCUCCAGCAGCUCCAGGCUUUUCAUCCUGGUGCAUCUCCAUCUGUGUAUGGUCCAUCGUUCGACCAGUCGUGGAGAAAACCACAAAGAACGGGCUCAUACAAAGGAAACCAAGUUUUCAGCGACGAAAAACCAGAGAGAAUUGGAGACGCAGAGGUCCUUGAAGUGCACCCAAGAGCUCAGGAUAAUCUUCAAGAUAAUCCACUUCAGCACACUAAGAGUGCAUAGACCUCCCUGAUUUUCAUCAUAAUAUUCACUGUAUUAUGGUUUUCUUAUGAGCAUUAAUUGGUUUCAUUGUGCAUUGGUCCCUUGAUAGAUGAUAUACCAGGUUCUAUUUAGCAUAUUUGCUUUUUCAAUGUUUGUUAGAACCACAAGCCAAUUUAAGGGGACUUCAAUAGGUGGGGUAGUGUGACAUGAUACUGUGGAUGAUGUUUCAUAAUUGUAUCACUUAUCUGGAGGAUUAUGUUUUGAAUGAUUUGAAGUUUAACAACCUUCAGGGAAAUAAAACUUGAAUGCUGAUAGUUAUGUUCAUGUGG